AUGGCGUCUUUGACCCGCUGUAUUAUGUGUCUGCCACAGAUUUCGUACCAUGGCAGCGCCGAGGGAGGAGAGAGUGACGACUCCGAGGGGGAGAACCAGGAACUUGCACAAAUCGACAGAGAAAGACGGAGAAACUGCGGCCUGACUCCACUGGCCACCAAUCAGCAGCACAACCAGAGCCCUCUGUCCCCGGCCCGACUGCGGCGCCUUCGCCUCCUCCUGGACGCCAACCUGGACCGCCACUCCUCCGAAGAAGAACUGGAGAGGAUCAGCUGCGGCGACAACAGGAAGUGGGUGUCUGCUUUCCACGGCCGCCACGGAGAUUACCACAGCAGUGCAUCCAGUGACGAGGAAGUGCGAGAACUUUGUGGAUGUGGAUCUCCAGCUGGGAGCAGAGCUGUGGAGCCCGGGGCCUGCCUGACCACUGCCCCCAGCCCGGUACUGUUCAGCUCCAGCCCCCCGCGGACUCUCAAACCCCCGUCCAUGAGGUUCCAGCUGCAGGUGGUGCAGCCGGUCACUCGGCCCAUCAUCCUCUCACACUUUGACCAGGCCGCACCGUACAGGAAGUACCGGCACAGCUACGGAGGAGAGCAGGGCCGGCCCAGUCUAGACCUGGAGAAGAUGCAACAGAAAAUGCUCCUAAAGAAGAACUGGGGAGGAAAAACACGGACGCUGAAGAUCCGAAACCUGAGCAGCAGCCGGCCGCCUCCUCGCUACACCUACGACCCGUCCAUAUUUGCGUUUCGAUCCCUGAGCACGGCGCCUCCAUGUAGCCCCCUAAACCCCAGCGAGGACCCGGCCUGCUCUUAUCCAUCCAAGUGUCCAGAUGUCGUUCCCAUUUUCCGCUCGUUCAAACUGAAUGAACAACAUGUGACGUGUGAGGAUCUGUCUCUGCGUCCAAAAGUCUGCGUCGCAAAGUGCCAGAGUCCCCCAUCUCUGCGUCGCAAAGUGCCAGAGUCCUCCAUCUCUGCGUCGCAAAGUGCCAGACUCCUCCAUCUCUGCGUCGCAAAGUGCCAGAGUCUCCCAUCUCUGCGUCGCAAAGUGCCAGAGUCUCCCAUCUCUGCGUCACAAAGUGCCAGAGUCCCCCAUCUCUGCGUCGCAAAGUGCCAGACUCCUCCAUCUCUGCGUCGCAAAGUGCCAGACUCCUCCAUCUCUGCGUCGCAAAGUGCCAGAGUCUCCCAUCUCUGCGUCACAAAGUGCCAGAGUCCCCCAUCUCUGCGUCGCAAAGUGCCAGAGUCCACCAUCUCUGCGUCGCAAAGUGCCAGAGUCCCCCAUCUCUGCGUCGCAAAGUGCCAGAGUCCCCCAUCUCUGCGUCGCAAAGUGCCAGAGUCUCCCAUCUCUGCGUCACAAAGUGCCAGACUCCUCCAUCUCAGCGUCGCAAAGGGCCAGGGUCCCCUAUCUCUGCGUCGCAAAGUGCCAGAGUCCCCCAUCUCAGCGUCGCAAAGGGCCAGGGUCCCCUAUCUCUGCGUCGCAAAGUGCCAGACUCCUCCAUCUCUGCGUCGCAAAGUGCCAGACGUCCCCCAUCUCUGCGUCACAAAGUGCCAGAGUCCCCUAUCUCUGCGUCGCAAAGUGCCAGACUUCUCCAUCUCUGCGUCGCAAAGUGCCAAAGUCCCCCAUCUCAGCGUCGCAAAGGGCCAGGGUCCCCCAUCUCUGCGUCGCAAAGUGCCAGACUCCUCCAUCUCUGCGUCGCAAAGUGCCAGAGUCCCCCAUCUCUGCGUCGCAAAGUGCCAGAGUCCCCCAUCUCUGCGUCGCAAAGUGCCAGAGUCCCCAUCUCUGCGUCGCAAAGUGCCAGAGUCCCCAUCUCUGCGUCGCAAAGUGCCAGAGUCCUCCAUCUCUGCGUCGCAAAGUGCCAGAGUCCUCCAUCUCUGCGUCGCAAAGUGCCAGACUCCUCCAUCUCUGCGUCGCAAAGUGCCAGCAGGCCAAAUGCCCAGUGUCUGCUUUCCCAACUUAAGCCAAAAGAAAAGGUGCAGGGUGUUUUUAAUCAGUCUUUAA